AUGCUUGUCCUCGUCGUCGGAGACCUGCAUCUUCCACUCAGAGCAGCGGCGCUGCCAGUCAAGUUCAGAAAGCUCCUCGUGCCGGGCAAGAUCCAGCAAGUCGUUUGUACGGGCAAUGUAUGUGAUCGAGAGACGUGGGACUAUCUGCGGACCAUUGCGCCUGAUGUCAAGGGCGUCAAGGGAGACUUUGAUGAGUCACCCCAUUUACCUCAGACAAUAAUCCUCCAGCACGGAUCUCUACGCCUUGGCGUCGUGCAUGGUCAUCAGAUCCUCCCACCCGGCGACCGAGACCUUCUUCACUCAGUGGCUACACAAAUGGAUGUCGACAUUCUGCUCACGGGCUCCACGCAUCGCUUCCAGAGCUGGGAGUACGAAGGGCGCUUCUACGUGAACCCGGGCAGUGCCACUGGAGCAUGGAGUAAGGAGGUGUCAGACGCAAAGGCGACAGGUCCAUCAGACGAAAAGAAGGACGGCAAGCAAGCACUGCCAUCUGCAAAGAAGCCAGCUCGCAAACCUGCGCCCCCACCGACACCCUCGUUCGUGCUCCUGGACAUUCAAGGAACAAACGUCGUCUCAUACGUCUAUCAGCUCAUCAACGGAGAGGUCAAGGUGGAGAAG